CAUGAACACAUCUUAUACUUACCUUGGCGUUAAGCAGCUGUAUGUAAUUGUGCUUGUUAUUUUUGAUUUGAUACAGGUAUAAAUGACGUACGCAGAUAGAAAUGGAUUUGAAGCUGCAAAAACGCAUGAUAGUGAGACACAUGCACAAUUUUGAGCACAGUUUCGCAGGCUGAUAAUGCAAAUUUCUAUCUCCUUGAAUUGUAACUGAAUUUACUCUAGUGCUGUUAGUCACUAAUAAGAAAUUACUUCAUAUUUUAAUAUAUAAUAGCAUGCACACUUUUAAUUAUGGGAGAGAAUGGCAGAGUUAUUCCAGUUCAUAUAUGUAUUGAUAGUGCCAUUUUAAAUAUACCACUGAAGAGUUCAACAACAGCAGAAGAUAUUUGUGUUGAAGUUUCCAAACAUCUUGGAAUAGGGCCUGUUGCCAGACAUUUAUUUGCACUCAGACUGCAUAGGUCUAAAAUUUGGUUUAAUCCAGAUCUUAGAUUAUUUGAAACGCGAGCAAAUGCAGACUUUAGACUCCGCUAUAAAGUUCCCAGUCUCUCAAGACUGAAGAAAACAGACAUAUGUGCUUAUGAUUAUUAUUUCCACCAAGCUCGGAAUGAUGUUAUGAAUAAUGAAAUCCCUGACAUAAGUUAUGAUAAAUACAGAUGGGAACUUGUUGGUUUAGGAGUUGCAGAUAUGUACAGAGUAAUGUUGGAGAAAGGUGUAGAGAGAGAGAUAGUUGAAAGUGAGUACAAGAAGUACAUUCCCAAAGAGGUUGUUAAGCAUCAUUUCUUUUUUAUUAAGAAACCCAUCCAUGACAGUUUAGUUAAAAUUAAGAAGAGUGCUCAACAUGACGCCUGGUUUGUAAAGGGGGAGUAUUUGAAACAGUUUGAAGAAAUGGCUCCAAAUUAUCUGAGUGAAGAAUAUAAAGCACUGACAGAUGAAGAUGGAUCUGUGCAAACCAUACUCAUAAAAGUUAACCCUUUCCAUGAAGAACAGCCAGGAAUCAGAGUUCGAUAUGAUGGAAAAAAAGAGUGGCAUCAGCUCUGUACAAUUGAUGAUCUGUGUUACAUCUCUGUACGCAAUGAUGGAACUGUUGAAAUCUCAAGAAAAAAUGGCAUACCAUCAUAUCUGAAAUUCCAUUCCAGCCCACUAAUGUUCUCCUUCGUGAGUUUGUUGGAUGGAUAUUACCGCUUGAUGGUGAAAUGGACAUUCAAUUUGUGUAAAGAUGUUCCAACACCAUUGUUGCAAAAGUUGUAUGCUUUGAAGUGUCAUGGACCUGUGGGUGGAGAAUUUUCAUAUGCCAAAUUGGAAGAGAAACGAAACAGUGCCCCAGGUUGCUUCAUUCUCAGACAGAGUGAAACAAAUUAUGAUCACUACUAUUUAGAUGUGUGCACCAAGGAAAGCUCAAAACCAAAGUCUUGCAAGAUUGAGAAGGUGGCAGAGGAUGAAUACUGGUUUGAUGUUGAUGGAGAUAUUUACACAAGCAUCGUGCAGCUUUUGGCAGUAUAUCAGUCUAGCAAAGGCUCUAUCUUGCUCCAGGAGUGUCUGCCCCCCUCUGAAUACGACAAGUCAAAUUUGCUUCUGUGCCAACUGGAGUCCAAUAAGGUGGCCAUGAUGACAGCAGAGAGUGCUGUGGCUGACCUUCGCACUGCAGCUCCACAGUGCAUCAAUGCCAGGAACUUACAAGUCUACAAAAAUCAAAAGAAAGAAGGCCAUGGAGGGAUGUCUCUUGUAUAUCGAAGUGUGUGGAAACCAUUGAAAGGCAAGAAGGUUGAAGCAGCUAUGAAAGUUUUGAAGCAGGAAUAUAGAGAUACAUACCUGACGGCUUUCCUUGAACUUGGUGGUAAGUGGGCAACUUUGCAGUCCAAUGCAGUUGUAAAGUUGUAUGGAAUAACAUUAUCUAGUCCUUUUACCAUGGUGAUGGAGUACUUGAGUUUGGGUCCAUUGGAUGUGUAUCUGAGAGAACACAAACACAGCUUGAAGCCGGUGGAUCUGGUAGAAGCUGGGGCAUUCCUUGCCAAAGCGCUCUGGCACUUGGAGGACCAAGGUGUAAUCCAUGGGAAUAUCCGGUGUCGGAAACUUCUAGUCGCGGCCCAUGAUGAUAAUACCUUCCUAGUUCGUCUUGCCGAUCCAGGGUUACACUUAUACACUGAAUAUGAUAUCCACUGGAUUCCAUCAGAGUGUUACUCUAAUUUUGAAUAUGCUCGUCAUUCUGUGGCAGCAGAUGUUUGGGCAUUUGGUACCACUUUAUGGGAAAUAUUUAUGUACGGAGAAUGUCCACCAAAAACUAGUGAUAUGAAAUCAGUAAAAAAGUAUUACCAGAGCAAUAGGAAGCUGCCACUCCCGAGCAGCUGCCCAGUUGAUAUCUACACUCUCAUGAAGGAGUGCUGGGAUCUGGACCCUUACAGGAGGAAGAAACCCCAGGCCAUCAUGCGUGAUGUGAACCAGAUCUUGUACCAAGUUUUCAACUCCAGGCGAAUACAUUCAUAUGCCACAGCUUUCUCCAGAGUGCUCAGAGGUUUUGAAUACUCUGCAGAGAACAGUAUAACUGAGUCAAAUGCCAGUUUGUUCUCAGGAGCCACAGAAGAUACAUAUGUUGACAACAUGAAAUCAGAAUUGCUCCCUGUGGAUGAAGAACCACCGCACGGUGUUGACAGUUCAUCAGGGUUCAGUGUUGGCAGCAGUUUGGAAAGAGUCUGGUUGCUCAGUGAGUCAAAUGCUCAGAGUCAUGCAGAUGAUGCGAUGUCCCCUGAUUUCUCUGACGUAUUGUCCAACAUCACCUUCUCUUCAGCUCUUACUGUAGAUAGUGUGAUCUCAAUGCAAGGAAUAUUUGAGCUCGAUGGAGACUGCAAUGUGAUCCUGCAAGGUCGUAUUGGUCAGGGUUUCUAUGGUGAAGUGUACAAGGGUACACUGGAACAAGACAAGGAUACUGAACCACAGCUUGUUGCUAUAAAGAAGCUGAAGACAAAUGCUGUGGAGAGCAUCCUACAGGACUUUGAGAGGGAAAUAACUAUCAUGAAGACUUUGAAACAUCCAAAUAUUGUUGAGAUAAAAGGUGUGAUCCAUGAUCCAGAGAUCAGCCUUGUUAUGGAGUUUGUGCAGCAUGGCUGUCUGCAGAGUUACCUCAAGAUUCACAAGGAUACACUUGAGGAAGAGACCUUGCUCAAAUUUGCACUUGAUGUUGCCAAGGGCAUGGAAUACCUAGGAAUUAAGAACGUUGUGCAUCGUGACCUAGCUGCCAGAAACAUUUUGGUGGCCAAUGAGCAUCAUGUAAAGAUUUCUGAUUUUGGUUUAUCUCAGGUCAUGGGAAAGAAUCACUAUUAUAUCCUGAAGACUAGCAGAGAAUUGCCGAUCAAGUGGUAUGCACCAGAAAGUCUACGGGAUGGGAAGUUUUCACCACGUUCUGAUGUAUGGUCAUAUGGUGUGACAUUGUAUGAGAUGUUUUCUCUUGGGGAAGACCCACGUUUACCAGACUGUAUCAAUGACCAGGACCAGCAACAGCUACUGGCAGCACUGGAGAGUGGCACUCGCCUUCCAUGUCCACCCCAGUGUUCACAGACUAUAUAUGUAAGACUUAUGAGCCCCUGUUGGCAGGCAGAUACCCAUGCUCGGCCGACUUUUACACAACUCUGCCAGGAAAUUCAAGAUUUGGGUUGAACAGUUGAGGUAACACAUGAGUCAAAUAUGUCAGAUUUUACAAAUGCUCAAGCACAUCGUUUUAUAUUGUGUGUUGAUUGCAAAAUGAUUUUUAUAUAAAAAAAAGCUCCAGCUGUUUAUUACUCAGCGCAAAAUUUACCCGACUUGGGUUGUUGAAAAGUGGUCGGAUUUCUGAUGGUUCUAAUUUCAUGAACCUUUAGAAUAAAACCAUUGUGGUAGCUAAAUAUAUGAAUGCACAGUGGCUUAAAGGUUAUUGUUGACACAAAAUAAGGGCUUAUCUGUGGAAAAGCAAGCAAACAAUCUAUUAAAUCAUGAUUGUUGUUAGAUUUAUUGUUGCAUUUGCUGCUCAUUACACUAAUGGUGAUAUUGUAGUGAUAAAUGUCACAUUAGUUAUAGUAGAGGAGGAAGUGAUCAAGGCCUAUUUUUAAACACACUACCAGCUUUCAUAUGAUGUUAUUGCAACAAGGAAUUCAGCUGAUAUACUGAAUUUAGGAUUCCAUUCACAAAUCCCCCAAAUAUGAGGCCAGUAUUGUGGCCGAGAUACAGCAAAUGUGGUUGCCUUGUUUACUCUCCAUUUUUGUCUGUUGGUACAUUAAAAUGUGUAUGUUGGAUGUGUUUGCAUUGUGCAUUGUGUUCAUUUUAAUUUUCGAGUUGUAUCUGUAUUUCUUGUCCCGUGCUAUAGCCGCGCGGUCUGAGGCAUCAUGCUUCGGACUGGUGAUACAGAAUGCCCACUGGUUCGAGUCUCGGGGAAAGAAAUUUCUCAUGAGAUUUUUGACCGGUGUAUGGGACCGGUGCCAACCGAGCAU